CUUGAAUCUCCAGUCAGCCAUGGCUUCCUUUACUCUUUCGCCCCCAUGCUUUGCCUUCUCGUCUUCUUCUUCAUCAUCAUCUUCCCCUCUCUUCUUCUCCGCCCCAUCCCAGCUUCUGGCCCACAAGAAACGUAACCAAACUCGGCUCCGAGUUUCAUGCAAAGCCAAUAACCCUAAUAACAGCACUGACGAUGCCGCGGCCUCGCCCGGUUCAAGGAUUAUUGACCGGAGAAACGUUCUUCUCGGUCUCGGGGGGCUCUACGGUGUUGCCAAUCUCGCCGGCGGCCCUAUUGCCUCGGCCGCAGAUGUGGACGUCGCCAUUCAUUAUCCGAAUGUAAGCAAAUGUCAUUACCCCAGCGAUGUGCCGGCUAACGCUGACAUCACUGGCACGUGCUGCCCCCCUGUGCCGACGGACACAGUGCUGGACUACCAGAUUCCCACCGGCGGCCCGAUGCGCAAAAGAGUUCCGGCACAAUUCGCCACCCAAGAAUAUAUAAACAAGUACGAAGCCGCCCUUACCGCGAUGAAGAACCUGGACCCGUCUCACCCCCACAGCUUUCCUCAACAGGCCAACAUUCACUGCGCUUACUGCAACGGCGGUUAUCAACAAUUCGGUUUCCCCACGGAAGAAAUCCAAGUUCACAAUUCCUGGCUCUUCUUCCCCUUUCAUAGAUGGUACUUGUACUUCUACGAGAAGAUCUUGGGAAAGCUGAUUAAUGAUCCCACCUUCGCCCUGCCCUAUUGGAAUUGGGACAACCAAAGCGGCAUGACCAUGCCCAAUAUGUUCAUGAGCACCACUUCUUCGCUCUAUGAUGCCAACCGUAAUCCAAACUACCUUCCUCCGGCCAUCGUUGAUCUCAAUUACGCCGGGAAAGACAGAGGUCUGUCCGACGAGGAACUGAUCGCGGAAAACUUAGUGGCAGUGUACCGUUCGAUGGUGACAAAUGGCGGCACUACGGAGCUCUUCAUGGGAAAGAAGUACGUGACGGGUACCCCACCUAGCCCGGGGCAAGGCUCCGUAGAGGGCAUACCUCAUACUCCGGUUCACAGAUGGGUUGGGGACUCCGUGGACCAGCCAAACGGUGAGGACAUGGGCAAUUUCUACUCCGCCGGUCGAGACCCAUUGUUCUACUCUCACCAUGCCAACGUGGACCGCAUGUGGGUCAUCUGGCAAAAACUGCUCGGCGGAAAGGAUUUCACCGACGAUUCCUGGUUAAAUGCUUCCUUCUUAUUCUACGACGAGAAUGAGCAGCCCGUCCGAGUCUACGCCAAAGAUUGUAUGGAUAACAUAGCUAUGGGGUACGAUUACGAGUACUCCUCCCUUCCGUGGCUGAAGAGCAAGCCUUCCCCGUCAAAGACGACCGGAGCGGCGGCCGCCUCGAAUGCGCCGUUCGUGACGGAUGUGUUCCCGGUGACACUUGACAAAGUGGUCCAGGUGAAGGUCAGCAGGCCCAAGACUUCGAGGACUAAGGCGGAAAAGGAGAAGGAAGAAGAGGUACUGGUGAUUGAUGGGAUCGAGGUGGCGAUGGAUCAGUACGCGAGGUUCGACGUUUACCUGAAUGACUCCGACCAGCCGGACGGCGGGAAGGACAAGGCUCAAUAUGCGGGAGGAUUCGCUCACUUGCCGCAUAAGCAGGAAAGUAGCUCAACCACGAAGACGUCGGUGAGGUUGGGACUGAACGAACCGCUGGAGGAUUUGGGAGCGGAAGACGACGACACGGUUCUGGUGACUUUGGCUCCCCAAGUCGGCGGCGGCGUCGUGGAUGUGGAUAGCAUCAGGAUUGAGUACUCUACGCGAUAAAAAAACCAGAGCUGAUCGACUGAUUAUAUUGAGCGAUAUGCAUGAUUAAUUCGUCGUCAGUAUGUGUCUUUGCUUUGUGUUAUGGUUUUGGAGUUUUAAUUUCGUUGGUUGUCUUCAA